GUUGUUUUUUGGGUAAAAGUGUUAAAUAUGAAUAGAUAUUUAAAAUUGAAAUAAAAUAAAUUAUAAUUCGAAAAUAGAAUAACAAUUGUUGUUACUAUCGUAGUUUAUUACCAAAGUCGUAAUUUGAACUUCCUUUGAUCGCGGAAUCUUCGUUUCAAAUGAGUUGGUCUUUUUUAUGGUGGCAGACAAAAAAAAUCAUGGCAACCCUAGACUUUUAUCAAAAAGAUAUUAACUCCGUACCAUUAAAUUGGAUUUGACCGAAUAAAAUUUAAAAAACUUUUUCUAUACGUAAAUAUCUAACAGCAGGCCUGGUUUCCCGGGUUCAAAGCUCAUCCAUCCGCUGAAAACUAAAUAGUAAACAGAUACAUGUGAAUGUGCAUGAGACCAUUGUCGCCACUUCCAUUAUGAUAUGGAUAAGCACUGCAAAUAAAAUAAUCUACUGAUUGAUGAUGGGUUCGCCAAAAUUCGAAUUAUUCUACUGCAAUUUCAGUAUUAUAGUUAGUAACUUUGAAUCACUUAGUAACUUUGAAUGACAAAGCAUCCGAAUUAGUUUGGAUCUUGGUUCAAUUAAGAUACAAGAAAUCUCAAAUAAACACUUAUUGAGACAAAGUAAUUAACUAAAAAUAAAAAGUUUUAGUAUUGACGAUAUUUUCAUAAAUAUUUUCAAGCUUCAGAACAAGAUUGUUUUGGUAUAGCCAAUGUAUCAUAAAAAAAAUGCAUCUUCAUUAGUUUGCUGGAAAGGAUUAUUGAUUUCUCUCUGUAUUUUAUUUGUCAUAACUCUUUUAUAUUUGUAAUCAUUCGAAAUGAAAAUUAAUAAAACAAAAUGUUAAAAAAAAAAACACUUAUUGAGACAAAGUAAUUAACUAAAAAUAGAAAGUUGCAAUUGUAAUUUAGAUACAAACAUUACUAUUUUCAAUUUUACUUAUGUCAUAUGGAUAUGUGUUGAUCGAUGACUCAUCCUUAUACUAGAUUGCGUCAGUGGGAUUAAUAUGUAGAAGGAUCACAACGUGAAGCUAGAUUGCGUCAGUGGGAUAUAACCAUAGUGACAGCGAUAUCUAUCUACCGAUUUUUUUUUUUAGUAUAAUAAUAUAAAAAAGAUUAUAUGCAAAAGAGUCAGUCUCAACUUUUACCUAAAUCAAAUCCUAUAUAUAGCAAUCCCUCGUAUACUCUCUCUUCACUGCUAAAAAAAAAAUAUACAAAAACACAAGUUAGAAAAGAAACAUCAUGGAGCCUAAAAAUACAAUAUUUCUACUUCUACUCCUGUCAACAACCAUUCUCCAGUCUUCAUCCGCAAACCCAAACCGGUCCGAACGAGACCGGUUCAUCGAAUCAUCAUGCCAAACCACUCGAUAUCCAUCACUAUGUGUGCAUACUCUCUCUGCUUACGCCACCAUGAUUCGCCACAACAAUGACCAAGAUCUCGCCCAAACCGCUCUCACCAUCAGCUUGGCUCGAGCCAGAUCCGUUGCUAUAUUUGUCGCCAAACUAACCAAAGAAUCGCCAAGUUUCAAACGUAGAGAAUAUUUAGCAAUUCAAGAUUGCAUAGAAGUGUUAGGCAAUAGCGUGGACCGGUUAGGCCAGUCGGUUAAAGAACUGGGUCGAGCUGGCCAUGCGGUGGCUAGUGAGGACUUCAUGUGGAAGAUGAGUAACGUUCAGACAUGGGUUAGUGCUGCUUUGACGGACGAAACAACGUGUCUAGAUGGAUUCUCGGGUCGAGUCAUGGAAGGUAAAGUGAAGAGGCUGAUUCGGUUUAAAGUGGUUCACGUGGCUCAAGUCACUAGCAAUGCUCUUGCUUUGGUAAAUCAUUUUGCAGAGAAACGAAGUGUGAAGAUUCCCUAAAUGGAGUUUUUGUUUUUUAACGAGUAAGUAAUGUGAAAAUUUUGGCUUGUAAGUGGAAACUUGAAUCUUUCAGAGUUGUGUAAAUUGUUAUCUGUUUUUGUUUUUUUUGUUUUUGUCGGUCGAAAGAAAACUCAAGAUUAACAAUCUUUGUAAUAUUUGCUUUGCGUUAUGUAUAAUAUUGUAUUUUAAGAUAAACCUAUAGACGCUGUUUUUGGGUAAACUAUAGAUAGACUUCUUCACAUUGGCA